GCAGCAGCAGCAGGCGCAGGCGCAGGCGCAGAGGGUGCGAUCCUACGGACCUCAAGCUCCUAGGAGGCACGGAGGUAGGGCUGUCGCCAUCUGACCCUUACCUCGUCUGGUUGCUUCCGCUGGCCCAGGUCCAGCCUCGGUGGCUAGAGCGUCGCGGGACGUUGGGCGCGCGCUGCGGACCGCCCCAGAGCCCGCCCCUCGCGCCUGACGCCUCAAGGUUUGGGGGAGGAUGAACUAGUUGCUAGAAUUAAGACCGAAAAACGUAAGUUUUAAAAGGGGGCGGAGAAAGCUUCACAACGUGUAUACAAAAGUCACCUGGCAGCACUGGACGCAGAAUCCCGUGUGAUGUCAAACACUUAGAGCUGUCCAUCUCAGCACUUGUCUCUGCAUCGAAAUGCCUAAAGUCUGCAGGGUUGAGACAUCCCUCUGAUAUGCUCAGAGCUACACUUCUUCCCCGGCUGCUGUGACAACUUGUUGGCCCCACCAUGUCCAGGCUCCAGACUGAGGAGCAGGCAGUGGAUUCCGAGGGAGACUCAUCCCUACACAGGAGAAAUGAGGAGGGGACACAGAGCUCCCACCGCAUGCUGGGCUUCAGUGAUGCACUGCUAUCCAUCAUCGCCACUGUCAUGAUCCUGCCUGUGACCCACACAGAGAUCUCACCAGAACAGCAGUUUGACAAAAGUAUACAGAAACUCCUAGCAACUAGGAUCGCUGUCUACCUCAUGACAUUUCUAAUCGUUACUGUGGCCUGGACAGCACAUACCAGAUUGUUCCAGGUUGUUGGAAAAAUAGAUGAUACACUUGCCUUGCUCAACCUGGCCUGUAUGAUGACUAUCACCCUCCUGCCCUACACAUUUUCACUAAUGGUAACAUUCCCUGAUGUGCCCCUGGGCAUCUUCCUGUUCUGCAUGUGUGUGAUUGCCAUUGGAUCUGUGCAGGCAAUGAUUGUGGGCUAUGCCUUCCACUUCCCACAUCUGCUGAAUCCACAAAUCCAGUGCUCUACACAUAGGGAUCUAUCCCGGCGGCAUAUCCUGCACCUGGUCCUCCGUGGCCCAGCACUGUGUUUUGUUGCAGCUGUCUUUUCCCUCUUCUUCUUCCCCUUGUCAUACCUGCUGAUGGUGACUGUCAUCUUCCUCCCUCACAUCAGCAAGGCUACCACCUGGUGCAAAGACAAGCUUAUAGGCCACAGGGAGUCUCCAGCUCACAACAUGGAGCCCUUCAGUGUUGACCUGCAUGCGCCCCUCAGCAAAGAGCGGGUGGAAGCUUUCAGCGACGGUGUCUAUGCCAUCGUGGCCACACUCCUCAUCCUGGACAUCUGUGAGGACAAUGUUCCGGACCCCAAGGAUGUGCAAGAGAAAUUCAGUGGCAGCCUUGUGGCUGCCCUGGGUGCAUAUGGGCCACAAUUCUUGGCAUACUUCGGCUCCUUCGCCACAGUGGGUCUGCUCUGGUUUGCCCACCAUUCACUCUUCCUGCAUGUUCGGAAGGCUACACAGACCAUGGGGUUACUCAACAUACUAUCGCUGGCCUUUGUGGGUGGCCUUCCUCUGGCCUACCAGCAGACCUCGGCUUUUGCCCGGCAACCCCAUGAUGAACUUGAGCGUGUGCGUGUCAGCUGUGCCAUCAUCUUCUUUGCCAGCAUCUUCCAGUUUGCCAUCUGGACUACAGCCCUGCUGCAUCAGACAGAAACACUGCAGCCAGCUGUGCAAUUUGGUGGGCAGGAGCAUGCUUUCAUGUUUGCCAAGCUUGCACUGUAUCCCUGUGCCAGCCUGCUGGCCUUUGCUGCCACCUGCCUACUGAGUCGUUUCAGCACAGCCAUCUUCCAUCUCAUGCAGAUUUCAGUGCCCUUUGCGUUCCUGUUGCUCCGUCUCCUUGUACGCCUUGCCCUGGCAGGCCUUCAAGUCCUAUGGGGCCUCUGGCCACAGCAUCCCCAACAAGACCAGAGUGAACCUGAGACACAGUCCCAGCUCUUGCCUGGCCCCUGCUAAUGCCAAGAAAGCCACUCCUGCCUAUCCUAGGCAUAUUGUAAGGGGUCCUAUGGAGAUGUCUUAGUCCAAGUUUAUUGUGACACUGGGGCUGUGGAUAUAUUGGCCUGGGUAUUGUUUACAUUGUGAAAUAUCAAGAUCUAUUUCAAGAGUAUGAACAUUGUUCACACUUUGCAGUGAGGGGUUUAAUCGGAACAGAAUUUAUUGUUUUUACCCAUUUACUUUCCUCCCUUGCCCACAGUAUUGCCAGGGGAAUUUAUCUGUCUGAUUAACCUGAACAAGCCACUUUGAGCUGUCACUGAGAUCUUGUUUGAGGCAGCAGCAUCCAGCCAGGAUCAAGGGUCUAUCCUAUGCCUUGCUCUGACCUGCAUGUGACACAUAGGCUCUCGUCUAGGCUAACUCAGCCUGAGAAGCUCCUGUCUGGCUCACAUCCUCAAAAGUGUAGAGCUUCCCUGGUGGGCCUGCCAGUCUGUUUGCCCAUCCUGUACCACUGUUAGACAAAGACAAGAGUCAGCUAUGGGACAGCAAAACCCACACUGUGUAUUUGGCCCAGAUAUAACUUAGAUCACAUUCAGGUAGUGAUAAAUUACACACAAAGACAGGACCAGUGCACAGGACACACUCCACGUAAAGACAGUCUCACUUAAAUACAGAGGACAUGCUACACUGAUCGUAAUUUACAAACAAUUCCUACAGAUUGAAAUAAAAAUGAAAAAUUACAUCA